AACCGUCUGUGAUGCCGGAAACUGAUGCUUGAAGACAGUUCACGACGGUUUACUCGAAAUAAUAUGUUUUUAUUCUAUAAAGUGACACCAUAAAGCUUUUAAAAAGAGCUUCAGAUGAAUGUAUGAAAUCUCUGUCUUUCUGUCAGACAUGAGUUCGAAGAGACCCAAGAGCAGAGUGAGCAGCGGGACCAGUAAAGUCAAGGGGAAAGAUAAAAAAAAUGAGAAUAAUUUCCCCACCCCGGAUGAAGGUGCAGCAGAAUCUGGUCAUCCGGAAUACAUCUUCCCGCUGGUCCUGACCUCCGCCACACAGGAGCUGUUUGGUUGCCGGGCAGAUGAGGAUGUAACCGGAGAAAAUCCUUACAAGCUGCUGAAAAAGGAAGACAUAAUUCAGGACAUGAAAACCAGAGCGGCCGUGUCUGACUUCAGCCCCGUCAAACAAAUAGUGCUGGAGUACCCUGAAGAUGAACUUCUGCUGGUGUUUGACAGAGACUUCACAUACGGACAGUGCUUCUAUCUGGUGCUCACAGAAGAGGCCAAAGGGAACAUGUUGAAGUCUCCAGUACAGGGUGAUGAUGAGGAGCUGGUGGAGGAUAAAGAGGAGGAGGACAUGAUUGUGCCAAAAACUCCAGAGUCUCAUCCAUGGAUCCCUCUGGGAAGUGAGCAGGAGAUCGAGGAAGAGUCGGUCACAGAGUCCAGACCCAGACUCAGGUAUAAGAUCUCUCCUCUGAUGCGGCACUGCGGCGCUCCGGUGUGUUUCUCUGACCGCAGUGCUCUGGAUGGGAAGGACGGAUACGUGGAGUGUCCGUCAUACGAGGACAAGAGCUUCAGCAUCAGACAGAUGGAGAGACACACGGCCGUUCAGGCCUCUGGCGACACCAAACACUCGUCCACUCAGACACUGUGGAAAUACCCAAAGAACAUGUGCACCCAGUACGAACCCCGAGAGUUCAGUCCUGAGGAGAAAGAACAUCACCUGCGAUCAGAAAACAUGAAGAACUUCAUCACAUCUGUAGCAAUAAGGUUUGAAAUCUCCCUGCAGCAGAAUCACAUUGCAGACGUGUUUUGUGACGACUGGACGGCCCUGUGUGAGGACGACGGCAUGCCGACGGGGAAAACAGAGACACAGCUGAAGGAAUAUCAGUCUUUCAUGGACCUUCACUUCAGCAAAGAGAAAAGCAUCAGCCACGUCCACUGGCAUCCCACCAUCAGCGGUGUGAUCGCUGUGGCCAUGACAGAGAGAAUGUCUCUUGAGGAGCGGAUUGAUAACUCCACUAAACUCCUGUUAAACCCGCCCUACAUUCUCUUCUGGAGCUUCACUGACCCUAUAAAUCCACAAUUGCAGCUGGAAUGUCCUGAUGAUUGUCUUAGUUUCCAGUUCUGUCCGUCUGACCCGAAUAUCAUCGCUGGCGGCUGCAUGAACGGCCAGGUAGUAUUAUGGGAUAUUUCAGCACAUGUGGAAAGACUGCAGGACACCCGCAGUGGCGGCAAAAACAUCUCAAAUAAACUAGACAAAAACAAUGCAGUUCCAGUGGUCCGGUACUGCGCUGUGUCUGGGAUAGAGAACGGACACAAAGCUCCGAUCACAGAUAUCCAGUGGCUGCCAGAAACCUUCGAGGUAUCCAGAUUAGGGAUUCCUGUGGAAAAUACAAGUCGUAUCUCCGUUCAGAUAGUCACAUGUGCUCCUGACUGCUGUGUGUUAUUCUGGGAUCUUCGACCUCCUCGUGCCGUGUCUCAAUCCCUCACGGACGUGAAACAGAAAUCGGAGGACAAGCCUCUGGAAAACCCUCAAGGUGUUCCAAAUACAUUCAAACACCUCAACCUGACCUGGAAACCCUUGAUCCGAGUCUCCCUACCAAAGAUCGGCUCCAGUGGUGAAUACAGUCCUCUGAAGUUCAGCUUGAGGGACAAUACAGUGGACUACAUUACAGGCGAUAAACCUGCACAGAUCACGGAGCGUGAAGAAGGCUGUGGAUUCGCUCAGCUCCGGGUGCCGUCGGCCAAAGAGCAGAAACCUCUAGACAACAUCAGCACCAAACUGUAUGUGGGGACGGAGGAUGGAGAACUCGUUUACACCGACUGGAAAAUGGAGAAGGACAACGACUCAGGACGACUCUUCAGUGCCAAACCCAGCCAUCGGUUCCUCUCACACCACACUAUGAUCAACACCGUGAGCCGCUCUCCGUUUUUCAAGGACAUCAUCCUGACGGUGGGCAGCUUCAGUUUCGCCAUCUGGAAAGAAGGGGUCACGAGUGGCCCGAUCCUCUUGUCGGCCUGCUCCAAAAUGAUGUGUACGGUCGGUCACUGGUCCCUGUCCCGGCCGGCGGUCUUCUUCAUCGGGAAGGAGAACGGAAACAUCGAGGUUUGGGACCUGCUGCAAAACACCCAUGAGCCCUCACAAACCCAGAACAUCAGCGCCACCUCCAUUACCUGCAUCAAAACCAGCAGCACCUCCGCGAAGCAUCAUCUUCUGGCGGUUUCAGACCGUAUCGGCACCCUACACAUCCUACAGAUCCCAUGGACCCUGCGCAAAUCCUCCAACAGCGAGAGACAGAAUGUGAGGAAGUACUUUGAAAAGGAAGAGGAACGGCUGGAGUACUUUGAGAAACGGCAGAUCAAACACGAGAAGCAGAAGAAAGAGAUGGAAGCUGAACAACUGAAGAAGAAGACGGAGCCAGUGAUACCACUGAAACAGGUAGAGGAGCUGGAGGCGGAAGCGCUGAAGGAAUAUGAACAGUUUCUGGCUCUGGGGAAGGACAUUUUGAAGAACAUGGGCCUCCUGACUGAAACACAGGACGAUUCAGAUCUGUAAUGCAUUAGAGACAUCAUUAUCGUAUCAUCACCAUCACGCUCUAGAAAAAAGCACAAGAAUCUAGAAAUUGCAGCUGAGUCAGAUGUUCAGAUACUGUAACAAGAAUUAAUUAUUUGUACUUCUGUAAGUUCUUAAAAAAAAGCCCAUCUAGUUUGUCAUUCCAAUUAGAACAAUGUAAAUCAUUCAGUGUUAUUCAGUGUAAACUUGCUUUUCAAGUUGGAACAACAUUCCAGAUGUAAUAAUUUGAAAUCAAUUCUAAAGGAUCAAAUAAGAAUCAGAUGAGGUCAGAAAUUCAAACUUUUUGGAUGAUUCUAAUUGAUUGGUUCCAAAACAAAAAUCCAUUAGCAAAUCCUUUAGUUUUUUAACAACUAAAAACUACUUGUGUAUUAUUUUCUGAAUGUAAAACAGUAAAAACAGUUUCUUAAGAAGGGCAGCUGGCGUGUUUGGUUCUCUCAAGCUGCACGCGCAGUGACCUUGAAGAUCGAUUCUUCCUCCGGUUACUCGUCUGAGUUCAUCUUCAUUUCCCCUCAGCGCCGUAAUCAAACACGCUCUUAAUUCAGCGGCUUCGCGUCCGACAGCUAAUCUAUAACAGGUUAUCUGGUUACACGCAGACACAUUCAGGCACUUAAUGUACAAUAUUGAUCAACUUCAGACCGACUCGUAUCGAUUCAGUACAGAUACUAAUCUUCCUUUUCAAGAGCGUACGUGACAAUUCACAUAUAAUGCAGGUUUAGUCGAUAUACAGUGACUUUCAGGUCAAUUUCAUAAAAAUGCAUCCUAUGAAUUUCAAGUCAACUUUAUAAAAUGCAUUUCUAUAGGUCACUUAGGUAAGGUUUUGGCAGCCCUAAAGUAGUUGAUUAAUGUAGAAUUUCAAUUAUCGACUGCUUUGUCUACCAUUUAAAAACAUACCGCUGAUGAAACAGCAGAAGAGCAAAUUUCUAUGUAAAUUGUUAAUGAUUACAUAUUUGCAUAAACUGAACCCAAUACAAUAACAUAAUGUAUACAGAAAUUAAUUUUGCCUACAUUUCAUGAAUAAGGCACAGUAUGCAAAAUGGUAUGCAUAAAAGUUUCAAAAAGUAGUACAAAACAUUACUUUUGCAAGAGAUGCAUUUUCCUCUCAAAAAUAACAAUGCUCACUUUGCAUUUUUAAUUUAGUUUGUAAGCAAAUGUUGCAGAUAACGAGUCACGAAAGAGAAAUAACAAUGGAUGCCGUUUCGAAUUCAUUUCCUCACACUGGAAAUCGAGUACGAUGCAUUAUGGGAUGCUGUUGUUCAUGCAGUGUUCUCUGUUCCACAUCUUGGCAGUUGUCUUAAUAUGUAUUAGUGUGCAAUAACACUAAUUCACAGGCUCAUAAAUUUUGUGUCUGUUGCAUGAAUCCGCACGUCGUUCUACGAACCAAACAAUCACAUCAUCUGUUCAUUAUCCAGCUGCAUUAGACGUCUAUCUCAACAUUUUCUCUUCUUAAUCUGUUCCUGUUGGGCAAACAAAGGCAGUUUUGACUAAAUCUGGCCGCGUUUCAACACUGAUAAAGCUUUUUUCUCCUUUAAGCUCCGUCCGAUACUCUGAUAGACGUGUAAUUUUACAGACUUCGACGAGUGCAAUCUGCAGAUUUUACAGAGUAAACGCUAAAUGUACAGUGACGACAUCAGCGUGAUCACCUCUACAAAGCGCCGGCCAAUCAAAGGUCAUCUCUUCCAGGCAUCCAAUCACAACGCUCUGUUUCACAUCAAAGGGUCUUUGGGACUUGACUGGGCCAAUCGCACGUCUGAAGUGCAGCCAAAUGCUGACAGAGGGUAUGGAUGUUUAUCACAGAAAGCAAAGCAGGUGUCUCUGAAGACGUACGUCUGCGCUGCUGGAGAAAUCAGCGAGAUUUCAGACCUACAGAAUGACAUUUACCCAGAGUGUCUGUGGAAAAGAGGCCAAUAACUUUACUAGCUGCGUCCCAAUUCAGAGGCUGGAUCAUUCAAAGGCCAAACGCGUUGGCACGACAAAGGCUGUCCCAGUUCGAAGGCUCCAUCAAAUGAGGCCUACAAAUGAAUCCUCCUUUCCCUGGGCCUCGAAGGAUAGAACGAGAUCCUUCACAGCCCAGCCUAUCCCAAGAUUCAUUGCGUGCCAUUGUUUUUUUGGCACAGACUCACCUGAUAUAUCAGACUGAUGAUGACUGAGCUUCCAUGACAGAUCACGGGCUAAUCUU